UUGUGGGCCGGACCAGCAGAAGCAGGCGGGAAGGAUCGCAGACUCAGUUUUGCAGCAUCCGAAUCCGAAUCCGAAUCGAAAGCAGCAGGCAGAAGCAACAGUGAUGUCGCACGUUGUGAUAGGCGGUGGAACCGGAUUCAUCGGGCGCCGGCUAGCCAAGACGCUGCUGGCCGAGGGCUACGAGGUGACGACGAUCUCGCGGAUGCCGGGCGUGAAGCACAUCAGCUGGCACGAGCUGGAGAAGGAGGGUUUGCCGAGCGGUACGACGGCGGUCGUCAAUCUGGCCGGCCAGAACGUACUCGAUCCGACGCGCCGCUGGACGGCCGGUUUCAAGCAGAACGUGUGGAACUCGCGCAUCAACACGACCGCCGCCUGUGCCCGGGCGAUCGAGCGGGCCACGAUCAAACCGAGCGUCUUCGUCAACAUCUCGGGCGUCAGCCAUUACGCACCCGGCGCUCAGAAGCACACCGAAGCGUCCCCGGUGUCGGAGUACGACUUUAUGUCGCGCCUUUGCACCGAAUGGGAACGGGCCGCCACCCUAUCGGACAACUCGAUCUGCCGCGUCGUGCGCAUCCGGAGCGGUGUCGUGCUCGGCCGGGACGGUGGCAUGAUCCGGUCCCUCAUCCUGCCGUUCUGGUUCGGGCUCGGUGGUCCGGUCGGUGACGGUCGGCACGAUCUGCCCUGGAUACACCUGCAGGAUCUGUGCGGAUUGAUCCGGUUCGCGAUCGAGAAACCGGAGGUGUCGGGGGUGCUGAACGGAGUCGCACCUCAGCUUGCCACCAAUGCUGACUUUACCAAGGCGUUUGCGUCGGCCCUCUUUCGGCCUGCCUUCUUCCCGAUGCCACUCUUUGCGCUUAAUCUAGUGUUUGCCGAGGAACGGGCUGUCCUGCUGACCAACGGUGCCAAGGUGGUUCCGCAGCGCGUCCUCGAGUAUGGUUUCCGCUACCAGUACCCGGAUCUGGCGACGGCCUGCAAGGAGGUGGCUCACCUGUUCUAGACCUCUCAUCUCGCAUCUCACAUCACACACACACACACGCAUACAAACAGAUAGUCGCGGCUACCGUCGGCCACGCCAGAUAUAUAUAUAUAUGUAUUUGGUGAUCUCAGACCCCGGGGGGCCCAACUGCGAAUGAGGCCUCAUCCCUCCCUUUUAUUGUAAUUGUAGAAAGUAAAGUUACAAUCAAAAC